AUAUGUUAAUUUUUUUUCAAAGUUAGUUUAACCACAAAAAUAUUCACAGUGAUUGAGAAUAAUUUUCUCUCUUGUAUCAUGAAGUGUGUGCUAUUUUUCGCAGGAAUUGUGCUUUUUCAAAUGAUAAGCACUGCAUAUGGCAAAAAAGAAUUUUUUAAUGAAUGCGCAAAGGAACUUGGAAUAACAGAAGCUGCGCUUAAGGAGGCACGUGAACAAAAGAAAGAUAAACCCGAAUUCCGUUGUUUAGGUGCAUGUAUGUUGAAGAAAAUUGGUGAACUUGAAGAAGGUAACAAAAUGAAUUGGGAUAAAGUUGAGGAAAAUGCAUCGAAACAUUUUGGUGACAAAAGUAAUGAUAUUGUAAAAGUAAAACAAGAAUGUGUUGAAGAAUCAAAAGCCAUUGCAGAUGAAUGUGACUUUGUUAAAGCCGUGCACAAAUGUCUGUUUGAAAAAAUCCCCGACAUGAGAAAGUACAUGAAAGGAUAAAUUUGAAUUUUAUAAAAUAAAUAAUAAUAAUAAUUAGGCUAAGAGAACAAUAAAUGUAAAAUUUAAAUUUUAGUAUUAAAAUAAUGUUAUUAUAUUUAAGGAGAUCCUAUCGUAAAGAGAAUUAAAAUUAAAAUUUUAAUAAAAUUUAGUUUUGGUCUAGCGAUAUAAUCUCCUUAAGGAAGAACUUUUUUGUAAACAAAAAAAAGAAGAAAUAUUCAAUAAAAUCUGUGCAUAGUUAGCAUAUAGUAUAUUGUAUAAAUUGAAAAUAAUUGCGAUGGUUUAUCUGUUUUUCGAAUUGCAUGUCUGACUAACUCUUGUGACAAUAUUGACCUCAGAGAAAUGGUAACGAAGCUAUAUAGAUAUGUAUAUAAGAAACGUCCCUUCACCCCUUGUUAUCCUUUCUCUCUGUUCCUCGAAUCCAUUUGAUGUGUCGAUGUCGUGACUAUA